GCGCCGGACACAAGAUAUUUUUGGAAAAAAACGAAAGUAGGAAACAACAACUGUACAAUUUUAAGGAAGAAAGUAUAUGUAGGCCAACGUUGCGUUACAGAAAGGCGCAUACAUUGUGUAACGUCAGCACAUGGUGAGCAUAGGAUGACAGAGUUGCUGAGAUGGCAUCUAAACCAAAAGCUAAAGUGUGGAAUUCGAGGGACGGAUGUUUUACAGAUGAUGGCGGCAAUGAUAACCAAUCUAGAAGAAAUAGAGACCAGCGUUCAGCUCAAAGGAGGGAUUAUAACAAUUCUAGAGAGGGAUGGAAUGAAGAACCUAACAUACAUGGUGAAGGACAACAACAAAGAGGGAACAGAAACCAGCAGAACCGAGGAAAUAACAGAGGUCAGAAUCAAGGACAUCAAAAUUACAGAGGUCAAAACCGAGGACAUCAAAGUAACAGGGGUCAAGGUCAAGGACAUCAGAACUACAGGGGUCAAGAUCAAGGACAUCAGAACUACAGGGGUCAAGAUCAAGGACAUCAGGACUACAGGGGUCAGAACCAAGGACAUCAAAACUUCAGGGGUCAACAGGGCUAUGAGAAUCAAUGGAAUCAACAGGAUGACCAGAGAGGAUAUUAUCAAGGUCAAGGCCAGCAAGGUAGAGGGCAGUUUCAGCAACCAAUGAAUCAGAACCAACAGAGGGGCCUCCUUCCAGAGCCCAUCCAACACCCAUACAAUAGUCAACCUAACAUGCAGUAUCCACAGAUGAUGCCACCAGGUCCUAUGUAUCAACCAGUUGUAAUUGGCUACAUGCCACCCCAGCAACCACCGCCCUUGAUGAAUGUCCCUUCUUAUCCUAGUGAUAAUUUUACCAACUCGAGAGGUCGAGGUAGACAAAAUUCAAAUAGAGGCCAAGCACAUAGAAGAAAUGAUAACAUGGAACGAAGUUCAAGUACAAUGAGUAUUGACAGUGUUGGGUCACAUCAUGAUGACAGGCAAGGACAAGAACCAAGGAACAGAAACAAUAGAGGAAGAGGAGGUCAUCCUCCAGAUAGAGAGCAUAGAAAUAUGGAACGAAGUUCAAGUACAAUGAGCAUUGACAGUGUUGGAUCACACCAUGAUGGCAGACAAGAAUCAAGAAACAAUAAUUUUAGAGGUAGGGGAAGAGGAGCACAUCGUUCUGAUCGAGGGCGUGUACCAAGAGGAAAUGGAAAUAUGGGAAGAAGUUCAAGCACUUUGAGUAUAGACAGUGUUGGAUCAGAACAGCAUGGACAAGACUUCAGAGAUGGACCCAACAGAGAGGGAGGUUGUGGAUGUAACAGGCGUGAUACCAGAAACAGACAAAACGACAAUCCUGAUUAUGGAGCAAGGCCAAAACAAUUCAGAAAUGAUACCAGUAGACAACAGAACAGAGGCUGUGAAAAUGCAGUACAAGGUAAUAGUAGGAACAGGGAUAGAAAGCAAAGAGGACUACCAGAAAGACCUGGUGGUGAAAGGAAUAAUAGACAUGGUGACGAAAAUACUGAUGAAAGAGGAAAUACAAGCAGGGACAGAAAUCCAGGUGAGGAUAAUAGACCAAAUUUCAGAAAUGCCGAAAGAGGUGGAAGAAGAGGGAGGGGUAGAAGAUAUUUAAGAGGGAACAGAAGACCUUUAGCCAGCAGAAAAAUGUCAGUUUCAGAUCAGUCUGAUCAACAGAGUUUUGGAACUGUUUCCGAAGAAAGUGAUAAUGAAAGAAGUCAUGAAAACCAACGUUUUAGAGGCAGAGGAACAUCAAAUACAAGAAGAUUUGUAGGAAGAGGUAACAGAGGUAGGGGUAACAUUACAAUAAGACAAAGAGGAGCAUUAAAGAGUCUACUUGAAAGAGACAUUGUAGGGGCACAUCCAGGGAAAAAUGAAAUGAAUUCGGAACUGUUUGAGAGAUUUUUAAACAGUUUAAGCUUUAGGGGUAGAGUUCCUUUCAGAGGUCCCAGGGGUGGCCGAGGAAGAUUCUUUAGAGGUAGAUGGUCUGGAUUUGUUGGUAAUAGAAAAGAAGGGAAAGACAAGGACACUUCUUCAACAAUUGGUAAUUUUGAAAGCGAUGAUCAGGUAAGCGUAUCUUCAGAGGUAUCUUUUGCAGACUCUAGUAUUACUGAUAAUGUAUCUGAAAUUGGUAACGAGGGAAAUAAAUUCGAAAUAUGCCUUGAUGACAUAUAUACAGUUAAACUUCACACACUACGAAAUAGGGUAAUGAGGUACAAGAGAAAGCUGGCUGAUAUGAGGAAAAAGAAGGAAGACAAAGAUGAAAUAAAAAAGUACGAGGAUAAGGUGAAUACUAUUAGAAAUGCCAUUCAAGAGAGAGAGGCUUCAGAAAAGAAGGAAAUGGAAAGAAAGAAUUUAGGUACUGGUAAACAGAAAGGUAAGAAAGAACAAAAACAUGAAAACAGAAGUAAUCCUGAAAAAAUCUUAUCUGCAUCUGAAGAAUCUGAAACAGAAAUAAAAUUAAAGGAGGUUCGAACAAAGUCAAAGAAAAUGCAUGGUGUUACAAUGUCUAAAGGGCAUGUGUCUUUUAAACCAAAAACACAGAAAAAGGUGAAAGGAAAACCUGUUAUAAAGACUACUACAACAGAAAUAUCUGACACGGAAAGUGAAGAUGAUAUUGAAGGUAAUAAUACAGAUAAAGAAGAAGGAAAUGAAGAAUUAAACACUGAGAAAACUGGAACAGAGAAAAAGAAGAAACGGCAAAGAAACAGGAACAGGAAAAAGAAAAAACAGGAAGAAAAUGAAGAUAAAGGAAAUAAGGAAAGGGAAAAGGUUUUGAAAGAUCUUUUGUUGAGAUUAGAUGAUAUUUCUUUGCAGGAACAACACACUGAAAAGUAUGAAGAGUGCAGUGAUGGAAAUUUAGCUUCAAAAUCGACGGGCAGUUCAUUGAAUGAUUCUUCAGGCUCAAGGUCUCGAGGAAGCUCCAUGAAUGACCCUAGUGUUGAUUUUCAAACACACAAACAAGAAAAAACUAUUUAUACAAUAGAAAAAGAUCCAAAUGUAAAGUCAGCAGAAAAAUGCAGGAAAAUGAGUGAUACUGAUUUUCAAACACACGAACAAGAAAAAACUAUUUAUACAAGAGAAAAAGAUCCAAAUGUAAAGUCAGCAGAAAAAUGCAGGAAAGUGAGUGAAUCUAAUCCAAAUGGACCAGAUGUAAAUGAAGUUUUCAAAUUCAUGGUGAAAACUUUAGAAGGAAAGGGUACACCAGAAGAAGUCAAACGAGAAUCAGGCCUUUUCCCUGUUGACUGUAGUGAGAUAUGCUGGUUUCGUAAAUUGAAAAGAAGAUUCACUCUAAUUGAAAGAAAUGGAACUGUUGAAAUCGUUUUGGUGUCCAACAGGGAUGCCACAUACUGCCUAGAUUAUAUAACAAACAGAUCAUGCAGUAAAGCAGAUUGUAAGAGAUACCAUGUUUGUAAGAAUUUGUUGGCCGGGAACUGCGUCUUUGGAGAUAGAUGCAAGUUUUCACAUAACUUCCUAGAUGACAGGAAUAUGAUUGUUUCAAAACGUCUUGGUUAUAACAAUGUCUUCUCAAAUGAAGAGAUAUGCUACAUACUAAGAGUGCGAUAUCCACACAUAUGCCAUAAUUGGAUUGAUAAUGGCUCUUGUGAGGAACCAUAUUGCAUUGGUCUGCACUUAUGUCCACGAUAUCUACUUGGUCAAUGUCUAGAGGGAGAAACUUGUCCACUUAUUCAUGACAAAUGCUCAACCCAUAAUAAGCCGAUUGUUGAUGCAUACGGUAUGGGAACUUGGGUUGAGAGCAUCUUUAAGAAAAUGGUGUAUAUGGUGAGACAGCCUGGUAAUGAAGAACAUCCAGUUGUUGAAACAAACCAACAUGUGUCAGAAAUACCAGAGAGUGCUUCAUCUAGACGAGAGAGGGGUGAUUCAUCAGGCCAGGAACACAUCAGUCAAGAACUAGAAGAUUCUGCUGUUGAAAGGGCAAUAUGUGAGCGGUACCUUUCUGGUAAAUGUCGACGUCAGCGUUGUAGAUACCUACACUGUCAGAGAAUGUCGCCAUACUUGUGGCAGGUAAAGCUGUGUGGAACGUGGAUCAAUCUGAAAGAGUUAGAAGAAAUAGAAAAGGCAUAUUGCGAUAACAAAGAAUUUUCAGAUGAAAUUCGCUUGCUACACAAUGAAAUGGAAUUUUCUGCUGUGAUUGUCUUCAAACCACAAAUCCGCGCUGUUGCUGUUGUAAUCGGUACACAAGAUGGCGGUAUUCAUACAGAAGCUCGACGUCUGUCAACCAUGUCGUACAAAGAGGAAGAAGACAGUACUAAUAGCUUUAGGACUCAGUGGAGGUGGUACUGGAUGGAUGAUUACAAUACAUGGAAAUUGUUUGACCAGGAUGCUAUGCAGCAUACAUUGGAAGUGAAGUUCCUUGGAAAGCAAAGAGAUUUUAACUACUCCCGAGAAAACUAUCGCUUCAAAUAUGUCAUUGACUUCAAUGGUAUGAUGCAGAGAAAUAUUGGUACUAGAAAACUACGUGAAAUUAACCGACGCCCAGUCUUUGUAUCACUGCAGAAUGUUAAGGACAAGCAGUUUCCGGCAUCCUUGACGGCAGCUCCUGUGAUUGAAACUCCUCUGCCCCAAUCCUGGGUACCAUGGGAUCUUGCUUACCCAUUUGAACUUGUAACAUUAGAUGAAACCACCUCUGAUUAUAAGAAGGUGUCGGACAGCUUCUUCGGAACAUUAGAUAGAAGACAGCUAGAAAUUGACUCAAUAUUCCGAAUGCAGAAUCACAAGUUGUGGAGCCUUUACUGCAAUCAGGAAAAGUCCAUGCUGGCAAACCUGAAACGUUUGGGUAAGGAAGAGCAGAUUGACAAAAGAUACUUAUUCCAUGGGACCGAUAGCCUUGAUGCUGUGCGUGGCAUAAGCAUAAACAACUUUGAUGCAAGAGUAUCUGGUAAGAAUGCCACAGUGUAUGGUGAUGGGGCAUAUUUCGCACGGGAUGCAAAGUACAGUCAUGCAUACACAAAAGGCCCAGAGAGAUUUAUGUUUAUGGUGACAGUUUUGGUUGGGGAUUACACAGUGGGAAACCGGUCUUACAGACGCCCUCCAAACAAGCCUGGUAGCGAUCAUGAACUGUAUGACUCUUGUGUUGACAACAUAAAUGACCCAUCAAUAUUCAUUAUUUUCGACAAGAACCAAUAUUACCCAGAGUACCUUAUCCAGUAUCAUAAGUUGUAUGAAGAAUUUUCAACUGAGGAGGUUAAGAUGAGUACAAGCACUGUGCGCCCAACGCCAAUUAGGACAACUAGUACUGGAACUGUGCCUGGAACAGUGCGCUCAGCCUCUAGUAGGACAAUUAGUACUGGAACUGUGCCUGGAGCAGUUGGUGGAGUGCAUUCCAGUAUUUCACAACCACCAAUCGCACCAGCAAGGAGAAGAGCUCCUAGUCCACCAGCAGCAGUCUAUCCUCCAAGAUCUACUAGUGCUGGAAAUACAGCCAAUCAAAGUUCAGGUUUAGGUGGACACUCAUCUGUACACUAUGCAUCUGACUACUCUAGACCAUCGGGGACCACAGCAAGAAGUCCUUUUGACGGAUAUUCAUCUACGAACACAGCAAGAAGUCCUACAAAAGAUCCUGUAAGUCCAAAGAAAAAGGACGAUUCCUCUUGCAGUAUUCAGUAA